AAGAAUUGAAAUUUCUUGUUGGUUUUGGUUUGUGUUAUUGGAUUUGUUUUAUCAAUUUAUUUAAUUGUAAUUAAUUAAAUUUUGUUACAAUCAUGAAAUUAAACGCUAAGGUUAAGUCUAUCGGUGUUAAGGAUGUCAAUCAAUCUGUUUUGGUAAUUGAAGUUGCCAAAUUUCUUAAAAAGUCUGGCAAAUUACCAAUUCCAACUAAAUUAGACAUCGAUAUCGUUAAAACUGGUCUAUUCAAGGAACUCGCUCCAUUUGAUCCUGAUUGGUAUUACGUUAGAUGUGCAGCCAUUGCUAGACAUCUUUAUCUUCGAUCACCAUCAGGUGUUGGUUCCCUUAGACGUGUAUUUGGAGGUAGAUACCGACGAGGUGUUCGACCAUCACACUUUUGCAAGGCUAGUGGAACAGUUCUUAGAAAAGCUUUACAAAGUUUGGAAGCAUUAAAAUGGGUUGAAAAGGAUCCAGUCUCUGGAGGACGUAAAUUGACAUCACAAGGUGUCCGAGAUUUGGACAGACUUUCAGCUCAACUUAAGGCAACAACCAGAAGUGAAGUGAUCCUGUAAACAAUAGCAACAUUUACGAGACUUUCAAUUCGUAUUACAUAAAAAACAAAUAAAUUAAAAGUCCUUAUACAAAAAAA